ACAAUCGAACUCCAUUAUAAGGGUGAAAUUGUGCAUAUAAAUGAUGAAGACAUAUCCUAUUUUGGAGGUGAAGUUGUAUACUUGGAUUGGAUUGAUCCAGACUGUUUGUCUUUGUUCGAGCUAGAUGGUUAUGUUGUCGACAUCGGUCAUAUGGAAAGUAUGAGAAUGGUGGAGGAAUAUAGGACGACACAUGGUUGGGCAUAUUAUUGGAGUCUGCCGGGAGAAAGAUUGAAAGCAGGACUGCAAGAGCUGACAAGUGAUAGUGAUAUUCUGGACAUGGCUGCCAAGAUAGUUCUAGAAACCAAGUUUGUAGAGGUUUAUCUGAUCAAUAAAGAUGAGUUAAGGAAGGCUACAUUAGAAGCAUAG